AUGACUUCAAUUUUUAGCAUUCUCUCCAUCACUCUCUUCCUUGCCUUAGUUUUCCAAGCUAAUGGUUAUUGUGAUUUAAGUUCUAUUGGUGUUACACAAACCAAGACAUCAGGAUCAGUGUGGAAAGUUACUGUGACCAACAAUUGUAUUUGCACUCAAACUGAUGUGAAGUUGAAUACCAAUGGAUUUAAAUCAAGCACACUUGUUGAUCCAGCAAUUCUUAGCCAAGAUGGUCUUCUUAUCCAAGGAGCACCACUUUAUCAAUACAAAUCUGUCACCUUUACCUAUACUUCUCAAUCUGAGUUUAAAUUUACACCAGUUUUUUCUGUAAUUGCAUGUUCUUAA